CCCACACACAGUCCAAAAACCCUAACUCAGUCCCAGUUCGGUGAAGCUCCAUCAAUGGUGUACCAAAUGGCCUUCCUCGGUCGGACCCGAGCUCUAAUCAGAGCGCUGAAUCAGAACUCCGGCUUCAGAACCAUCACCACCUUCCCGCCUCUUUCGCAGGAGCCUCAGCUCGCCGAGCCAGGGAACAAUCCCGCCUCUUCUCUCCCUCCAAACCCUGCCUCGGGAAGCCCCCUCUACAAUGAGAAUUGGCGCAGCCCGAUCGCCAAUUCUUCCACGAAUCAGUCCGUGAUUCCUCUCGAUUUUCUCCGCCAAUCGCCGGCCUCUCGCGCCAUGGACGCCAAGAGCCUCAUGGACGUCUUCGCCGACUGUACGGCGUCGCAGAACUGGUCGGAAGUGAAGCGGUUGUUCGAGGCUUGGGUCCAGUCGCUGGACAAGAACGGGAAGCCGAACAAGCCCGAUGUGAGCCUGUUCAAUUAUUACCUGAGGGCCAAUUUGAUGAUUGGAGCCACCGCCGGAGAUUUGCUGGAUGUGGUGGCUCAAAUGGAAGACUACGCGAUCAAGCCUAAUACGGCGUCGUUCAAUCUGGUGCUCAAGGCAAUGUGCCAGGCUAGAGAGACCGAGGCCGCCGUGAAACUGCUCGACCGGAUGCUGCUAACAGGGAAAGAAUCGCUGCCUGAUGAUGAGUCGUAUAACUUGGUUCUUGGCUUGCUUUUUCAGUCUGACAAGAUUGAUGAGGCCUUCAAAUAUAUAGAUUUGACAUUAAAAUCUGGUUAUACAUUGUCACUGAGGGUGUUUAGUGAUUGUGUAAGAGUAUGUGUAAAUAAGGGCAGGUUGGAUGCUUUAGUAUCGAUUAUUGAUAGAUGUAAGGCAAUGGAUCAGAACAAAGCUCUUUGUCCUACCUGGGGAUUGUGCAACUUUAUCGCAGGUGUUGCCUUGCAAGAGGAUAACAGCAAGUUAGCAUAUCACGCCCUGGAGUUUAUGGCCAAAUGGAUUGCUAGAGGUGAGCAAACAAGGCCUCCUGUCUGGCUAUCUGUAGAAGAAGGAUUACUUGUGUCAGCAAUUGGAACUGCUGCUAGAACUUAUGAUUCUGAUCUCUUGGAUGCAUCAUGGGUGAUCCUACGACGUUCAUUGCGUCAAAAGAAGGCCCCUAAUCCUGAAGCUUACCUCGCAAAGAUUCAUGCCCUUGCAUUGUUGGGGAAUCUACGAAGAGCUUUUAGUACCUUACAGGAAUUUGAGUCUGUUUAUGGAAAUUCCCAAACUGAAGCAGAAGAGGAACUAUUUUCUCCAUUCACCUCCUUAUAUCCAUUGGUUGUGGCAUGCUCCAAGAAGGGUUUUGAGACUUUAGAUUCGGUGUAUUUUCAACUUGAGAAUUUGAGUCGUGCAGAUCCUCCUUACAAGUCUGUUGCUGCUUUAAACUGUAUCAUAUUAGGGUGUGCAAAUAAUUGGGACCUUGAUCGUGCCUACCAAACCUUUGAGGCAAUUGGUUCUAGUUUCGGGUUGAAUCCUGACAUUCAUUCUUACAAUGCUCUGGUGAAAGCUUUUGGAAAUCUCAAGAAGACAUUUGAAGCUUCAAAAGUGUUUGAUCACAUGCUAAGUUUAGGCAUCAAACCCAACGCAACAUCAUAUUCAUUACUUGUAGAUACUCAUCUUAUCAACCGAGAUCAAAAAGCUGCGCUUUCCAUGCUUGAUGACAUGGUAAAUGCUGGUUUUGAGCCAUCAAAAGAAACACUGAAGAAGGUCAGAAGGCGAUGUAUUCGAGAGAUGGAUUAUGAAAGCAAUGACCGCGUGCAAUCCUUCGCUGUGAAGUACAAAAUUCGAAUGGGUACUGAGAAUCGCAGGGAUAUGCUGUUUAAUCUCCGGUACAGCACCGAAUAUGCCUCGUAGGUUUUGAUUAUUGUUGGUGUGGAAUAUCUGAACGCCCCUGAUUUGGUUCACCAAGAUAGCGAUUUUCUAGCUUUACCUUCCGAUAAUUUUCAACCAUGUUUGUAUAUUACCCAAUUAUACUAAAUUUUGAAGCUUGGUAAGAUGAAUGCCCGGAUCAUAGUCUUUGUUUUUUGUCAUUUUAUUUUGUUUUACCUUUGUAUCAGUUUUGUGCUUUUUGAAGAAAAUCUGAAUGGCACUAAUUUGUAGACUAGACAGAGAGCAUAAUUACGAGACGAUAUCAAUAAUAAAGAUACCCCAACAGGCGUUUGAGCGGGUAA